GGGGGUGUGGGUGUGGCUCCUAUCUCUGUUUACUCACACCCACACCCACACCCACACCCACACCCACACCCACACCCACACACCCACACCCACACCCACACCCCACCCACACUCACACGCACACCCACAUCCCACCCACACCCACACCCUUUUCUUUUCUAUGAAUCACGCAGCGGUAUUCUUUCUUCCUAUUUUCAUGUUAUCUUGUUAUCUUAAGUAAGCAAGCAGUCAGUAUUUAAGAGAGCAGUUUCAGAAGCAAUAUCAUUCUAUACAAUGCUUCGAAUCAAGCAAGAUUCUUCUUCUUCUAGACAACAGUCAAAACAACAAUACGUACCCUUAAAACAAGUGAACGUCGAAGCCUACAUUAAAUCAUUUGCUGCUGAUGUAACCAUCAAACAAAUUUUUCGCAACGAUGAAACGAAACCAAUUGAGGCUGUAUACUGUUUUCCAAUAGAAGAACAAGCAGCAAUCUAUUCAUUUAUUGCACGAAUUGAUGAUCUAGAAAUUGUAGCACAAUUAAAAGAAAAAAAAAAGCACAACGAGAAUACAAUGAUGCUAUUCGUCAAGGUCAUGGUGCAUAUUUACUCGAACAAGAUGAAAAAUCUCAAGAUAAUUUUAUUAUCAAUGUUGGUGCACUACCACCUGGUAAAGAAUGUCAUAUUCAUAUAUCGUACGUUUCCGAACUGAAUCUUGUUCAAAAUGGAAGUAGCAUCCGAUUUGUUGUUCCGACAACAAUUGCAUCUCGUUACAACCCUGACAAAGGCGGAAUCGGUUCGCCGGCUGGUACUACAUCCAAAUACAUUCAAACAGCUCCAUACACAAUUGAAUUUCGUUGUCGAGUAGAGAAAGCCAAUAUUUCUCGAGUGAGUUCAACGUCUCAUCCAAUUCAGAUUGAUCUUAGCCAAGAGAAUGUCUAUGUCAUUGAAUUUGCACAACAAAAUACUCAUUUAGAUCGAGAUAUCUUGUUAGAUAUUGAAUUAGCUAGUAAUCAUUCGAAUACCAUUGUUGCUGUCGAACAAGGUGCUGUUAUGGCUUCAUUUAUACCAACUAAAGAAGAUUGUCAACGUGCGAUGAAUAAUAUGAAGACAACCAAUGAGUUUAUGUUUGUUAUCGAUUGUAGUGGAUCAAUGAAAGAUGACAACAAGAUCGGAUUGGUGCGUCAAGCCAUGUUACUCUUUCUCAAGAGUCUUCCGAUGAAUUGUCAUUUCAAUAUCAUUCGCUUUGGAACAAAUUAUGAAACAUUAUUCAAAGAGAUUACUGCUGUUUACAACGAACAAAAUGCUCAAAAAGCUGAAAAACUCAUAAAUAAUUUGCAAGCAGAUUUGGGUGGAACUGAAUUGUUAAGACCACUUCAAUGGUUAGAACAAUAUUCGCCAGAAGAAGGUCGUGCACGACAAAUAUUUCUGUUGACAGAUGGAGAAAUUUCAAAUGUCAAUGAAGUACUUGAUCUAUGUCGUUCAAUGGCUACGUCGACACGUAUCUUUUCAUUUGGUUUGGGUUAUUCACCAAGUCGUUCAUUGGUCAAAGGCCUUGCUCGAGCAACAAAUGGAUGUUUCGUUUUUAUUCCACCUAAAACUAGUGUCGAUGUUUAUGUUGGUGAACAGUUACAAAAAGCUCUUCAAUUAUCUAUAACUAACGUACAAGUAGAAUGGAAUCUUGGUUCUAAUAUUAUGAGUGCACCAACAAAAAUACCACCAAUCUAUGCUAAUGAUCGUCUAAUUGUCUAUGCACUUACCAAUGAUCCAAUGAUUCUCUUCAAUCACGAUUCGAACGUCAAAUUACAUACCGAUAAAAAUCCAAUAGGCGAGGCAAAAAUUGAUUGCAUACCAAAUGUGAGUACCGAUGGAACUAUUGCUAGACUCGCUGCUAAAGCACUCAUUCUCGAAUUGCAACAUUCGAAAUUGUCUUCAUCGAUGAAACAGAACAAUUCAGGCUCAUUGCAAAGUCGAUUUCAAGAAUAUAAUCCAUCUCUAACACCAGCAACAACGAUAGAUGAGAAAGAAAUAAUAAAGAAAUCCAUUAUUGAACUUUCACUCAAAUAUCAAAUUCUGAGCCCAUACACUGCCUUUAUUGGUGUUGAAAAACGAGUAAAUGUCAGUAAUGCUGAUAUGCUCUUGCGCGAAAUACCGAUUGAAAUAUCGGCCGAUGACCGACACUUAGAGAGGGCGUCUUUCACUAGCUUGAGGGCUGUUUCUGCUCCUCAGCGUGCAUUGCGAACACCAGUGCUGAACUUUUCAUCGUUUGAAAUCCAGGACUUGUGCGAUGAACUUUGUGAGUCUACCGUAUCGAUGGAUGUAUGUUCAGCAAUCGCUGCACCUCUCGUACCAACUGAUGAAUUAGAGAGUCUUUCCGUACAGGAAUUACAAGAAUUAGAACAGGAAUUACAAGAAUUAGAAGCUGCAGAGUUUGGCAUGCAGUGUUCUCUUCCAUCAUUACCCAAAUCCAGUUGUGAUUUUCCUACGAACACAUCACCCGAGCAGUUUUCCAACGCUAAAUCAGAAUAUGAAACAUGGCCUACAGGCGAUCAAAAUAUUGUUCGCUAUUUGAUUAACAAACAAAAAUUUGAUGGUUUAUGGGAUUUGGAUGAAAGUGAUCUACAACAUUUGACUGGAAAAUCAUGGAAAAACGUUUCAUCAUCGUACGAUAAACAAGUUCUCAUUUCAGCUAUUGUUAUUAUUACAUUCGAGACACGUUUUGCUGCAAUGUUAACAAUGUGGCAUGGUGUAGUGGAAAAAGCUCGCCAACGUCUUCUUGAUUUACUCGGUAAUGAUGCUAAACAACUUGAAUCGUUACUGAAGGACAUUCGUCAACAUUGUGAAAGUUAUUUUCGAUUGCUUGAACUUGAACAUUGGGCCUCUUAA